AUGGGAUAUGGACAAACAGGUAGUGGAAAGAGCUUCACCAUCAAUGGUUUAAGAAACAACUGGGAACACAGAGGCCUGGUCGCGCGGCUCCUGUCCCACAUGUUCAUUGAGAAGGCAAACAGGAAGAAAGUCAGCAAGAUAGAAUACUGUGUCAGCUUUAUAGAAUUGUAUGGAAAGGAAGCAAGAGACCUACUGACCUGUAAUAUGGACAAUAGAGUUAAGAUAAAUGAACGAGAUCCCUUUAAGAUGCAUAUCGUGGAGGUAGCUGGUACAGGAAAAAUAGGAAGGAAUAAUUGUUUGAAAACGGCUAUGGAUAUCGGCAUGGCUAAUUUAACGAAGACUCAGCUUGAGCAAUUUUUUUCGUGCAUUGGAAAUUCAGGAAUGUCGGCAAUUAGUAUAAUACGUUCUAGCAACUUGUUGAAGAUUCUGAGAAAUGCUUUCUCAGUUUCAUCUAUAGUUCGUUUUAUAUCGCAUAUUCAAAUUACAAAAGAGGACCUCGGUAUCACAUUAUCCACUUUAAGGCUAACCGCAAAAAUCGGGAAAUUAAAACCAAUUAGAAUGAAGGAAGAUGUUAAGUAUCGAUCAGAUUUAAUGGUACACAGGCUUCAGGACGAAGUUAAUGCCUUGAAAAAAGAAUUGAUGAUAAAUAACUUGUUUUUGCAUCAAGAGGCAUUUAUGAAUAUAUCGAAGUCGCGGAUGGAACAAAUUAAUAGGAAUAUUCUUAAUUUUUUGAACGAUAAGAUUUCAGAUUUCACAUUGUUUAGCGCAUCUCAGGCACAAGUAUUAUUAAAGAAUAUCAAGAACCUAUAUAACAGAUUAGCCGCCAAGGAACUCGAAGUUGAAGAAUUGAAAGAGACUUACGAAAGUUUAGUGAAAAGUGUGACGCAAUUCAGCACAUCAGAAAAUUUGCCUAUGGAAACUGUAAUAUCUACCGAUGAUUAUACCAACAAUCGGAAACGAAUUAAGAGUUCGUCACAAGUAACAGAAGCUGAAAAAAUUAUACAAGAAAUGGAAAAAGAGGAAGUUGGUAGUUUAGAUAAAUCCAAGGUUAUUUCUCAGGCAAAGAGAAAUUUGGAUGAUGCACGCGAUAAACUUGACAAACACCAGCAAAUUCGAUAUGUUUUGGAAUUAGGAAAUCACGAGAGAACAAAAAUUAUUAUUGAAAUCGAGAAAACGAUCGAACGAGAUAUUUUGUGUCAUAGAAAAGUCCUAGUCAAUUUAGAAGAAGAAGUAAAUCAAGCGCAAGAUGAAAUUACUACAUUAUCCAAUCAACAUUUAGAGAUGAUUUCGAAGUUAGAAUCUGCUUUCCGAGAAUAUUGUAAGAAAAAGGACUUUUUAGUAUAUUAUACUGAUGAGUCAAUGAAAAUGUUGUUGAAACCUACUACUACGGAAUCCCUGGAAAUAAUUCGAUGCAAGUUCAAUAAGUUUCAACGAGCGAUGUUGCGCAAGACAGAAGAAAGAGGAAGAACGAAGAAAGCACGACUUGACAAUAAACGAAUGUGCAACAGUGUUAAGACAUAA